AUGCCAGUCGAAUUCAUCAGCGCGACGUUUCCCAAUCAAUCUACCGAAAUCACACCUAUCCCGGGAGCUAAAAUAGAUCCAGAGUAUCUCAUUAGAUAUGCACGUUCUCUAGAUGAUUAUGAGUACAACUACACGUUGGUGCCGUAUGAUUCUUCAUACUUCGACCCUUGGACCGUCGCUUCUACCAUCUCGGCUGUGACGAAGAAGCUCAAGGUUAUUAUCGCGUUGAGACCGAAUACUCUGUAUCCGACUCUUGCAGCCAAGGCUUUAGCGACUUUGGAUCAGAUCAGUGGAGGUCGUGUUGUUGUGCAUUUUAUUGCUGGCGGAAGUGAUGUUGAACAGGCUCGUGAAGGAGAUUUCUUGACAAAGGAGCAACGCUAUGAGAGACUUGAAGAAUUUAUCAAGAUCUGCAAGAGAGCUUGGUCAUCUACUGAGGCUUUUGAUUGGGAUGGAAAGCACUAUCAAUUCAAAGGAUUCAGGAACUUGGUUGUUCCAAAUAACGGCUCUUCAAUCCCUGUUUCUGUCGGUGGUUCUUCCGACGAGGCAUACCGUGUGGGCGGGAGUCUUGGGGACAUUUUCGGACUUUGGGGAGAGCCAUUGAAAGAGACUCAAGGUCAAAUCGAUCGUAUCUACGCUGAAGCGGAGAAGGCAGGACGAACUGAUCGACCAAGAAUCUGGGUGACAUUCCGUCCUAUUGUCGCGGAGACCGAGGAACUCGCUUGGGCAAAAGCACACCGUACACUCGAUGCGCUGAAUUCAAAUCGAGAUGCUGGCAAGAGUCGAGUUCUAGGUACUGCUGUUGGACCUAAUGCUGUAGCACCGCAGAAUGUUGGUUCGCAACGGCUUUUGGAGAUUGCAAAGAAGGGUGAAGUUCAGGAUCGUGCACUGUGGUAUCCUACAGUCACGGCUACGGGAGCUCGUGGUGCUAGCACUGCACUUGUGGGAUCUUAUCAAACUGUCGUUGAUUCGAUCCUCGAUUACGUUGAUUUGGGAUGUGAACUUAUCUCUAUCCGAGGUUACGAUAAUUUGAAUGAUGCCAUUGAUUAUGGGAGAUAUAUCUUGCCUAAAGUACGAGAGGGUAUCAAGGAACGGGCAGAGAAAGCAACGAACGGUGCUGAAGGUGAAGGGGAGAAUGGUGUGGAAGCUGCUUGA